GUCACCACUAAAUCGGCCAUCUUCCUUUUUAGAGAAUCGCGUUUGCAAAACGACGUGUUUAAAACCUUUUCAAGUGUUUUAAAAGCUCCGUCAAAAUGUCCGGUACAACCGCCACCAUCCGCACCCGCAAGUUCAUGACCAACCGCCUGCUCGCCAGGAAACAGAUGGUCUGCGAUGUCCUGCACCCUGGUCUGUCGUCGGUGAACAAGACCGAGAUCCGCGAGAAGCUCGCCGCCAUGUACAAGGUUACCCCCGAUGUGGUCUUCGUGUUCGGUUUCCGCACAAACUUCGGCGGCGGCCGCUCCACGGGCUUCGCCCUCAUCUACGACACCCUGGACUUCGCCAAGAAGUUCGAGCCCAAGUACCGCCUGGCCCGUCACGGCCUCUUCGAGCAGAAGAAGCAGACUCGCAAGCAGCGUAAGGAGCGUCGCAACAGGAUGAAGAAGGUGCGCGGCACUGCCAAGGCCAAGAUCGGUACUGGCAAGAAGUAAGCGCUGCUCCGCCGGAAGACCCCGCGGGUGGGUCUCUUCAGUGGGUUGUCGGCUCGCUGGAAACGCUCCCCGACAAUUCCCAAAAGCUGCUGGUUAUGCGUUAGUUACACUUUUUUAUCAACCAUCCAACAACGGACAAAACAAAAUCGGUGUUUACUUUUGGAGCGGCUUUUGUUUGUAAACUAAGGAAAUAAAACUCUAAAAGUAUACAA